UGGAGGUGGAGGCUACGACGACAUUCAGAAAGAGCCUAUGAGGAGGGAGAGAAUGAGCGAGAGACAGAGCGGGCACAGGAAAGAUAAAGAAAGAAAAAGUUAAGGGAUGGCCUAUUUCUCUACAACACUCAUCUGUGCCUGAUGUGCUUGCUUUAAUAGAUUAUGAGCUGUUUGGACUGAUGAGAGAAGUGUUGAAAUUCAGGUAAAACAAAACAACAGUACAAGGUGUAGAUAAAAAGUAGGAGAACCGAGAUGGUGAAACUCCGAGUUUGAACCGGUGUGGGUGAAUUUGCUCUGGUGUGUGAAGCGUGAGAUCUGGCCUCUGGCUCGGUGCAGCACCCUGACAGGCAGAUCCGUUCACCUGCUGCGACAGUGUCGGUAUGGAUUCCACUGCUCUUUUGACUGUAGUAGGUGUGGCCGUUGUCGUGCUGCUCAUCUUCCUGACCGGUCUUUGCGUGAACUGCAAAGGAAGCAGCCAACCAAUAUACAUAAGACAGAAUCCUCGCAACAGUGAAUCGUCUCAUAACACUCUCCCCUCUAACAGGAACCCAGGAUUUACAGUCCUUCGCUCCUAUGUAGACCCUCCUAAUUUCAAUGUCGCACCAGCUCAGCAUUCUCAACACCAGCUCGCUUCACCGUCGAUGCCCGAUACGAGACGGAUCUCUGCCUGUCCAUCCUCUGAUGGUGGAAGCCAGAGUGACUACAUCAACCAGAAUGUGGACAACGAUGCCGUAAGCUAUGAGCAGCCUCCUGAAAAGGUCGUGGACUAUCCAGACUAUCUGGACGUGUUACCAGAUGACCACAACAUGUCUCAGCAGAAUCUGGCCUCCUCAUUGAAUUCAGGGCAGAGUUACCAGAACAUUGAAAAUGACAACGAUGAUGAUUCAGAUAGUCAGCAUUAUAUAAAUGUCAACGAGGACAGAGUGCCUGCAGCUGAUACUCCCAUUGGAUCAUUUGGGAGCUGCAGCAGUGACGGCCAGGGCAGCUCUGACUACGUCAAUGCUCCUAAACACAUUAACUUCCACUUGGGCUGAUUAAACACACCAAGACUUGAUUCACCAUCAGAUUCUACAGGAGGAUUUUAUACCAUAAAAGAGGGGGCAGUGGUUGCUCAAUGGUUCAAGCUCCAGCACCGCCAAUCUGCCAUUGUUACUCCCUUUCACCCCCUCUGCUCCUGGGGCACUGUAACACCAACCCUGUGCUCUUUCCCCAAUAUCCUAACAAGCUGGGCUAUGCGAAGAACAGAAUUUCACUUUGCUGUAAUAUUGUAACAAAUAAGGCGGGGUUUUUUGUUGUUGUUUUUGCAUCUAGACAAAUAUUUCAGUGUGGACAAAAUGCUGAACAGAUGGACAGAACAAUGAUUCUGUCAAAAAAUAUUAAGGAAUAAAAAUUAGACAUUAGAUUUCACUGUACUUUUUUUGAUGUCCUGUUGGACAGGAUUUGCUGACAGUUCCUGAGAAUAUUAUCUUUUACUCGUUUAUUUUCCGACUUAAUACAUGACAGUUUGUUUUUAUUUUUAUUAGAAUUGCGAUGAAAUCAGUUGUUUUGGGGUUGUUUUUUUUUUUUUGGCUGUCGUAUGUAACUUUGUUGCCUGAUAACUGAAAUAAAUUAU